AUGCCUGAGCCCGAAGCUUUGAUUACCCUCAAGCCCCUCAGCCCCGACUCUUCGUUCACCCGAAGCUUCACUCUUUCCAGCCGCAAUCCAGUCUUCGAAAUCGGCCGAUCUUCCAAGCGUGGUGCUAAGAACCGCACGCCCGGCAAAGAUAAUGGAUGGUUCGACUCUAGGGUGAUGUCUCGUGAUCAUGCCGAGCUAGCAUUCUCCAGGAUCCAAGAGGUAUUAUUGCCAAACCACUCUCUCGCUCCCCCGAUAGACCAUGCUGAGCAUCGAAUUUCCCAGAAAAUGAUCUAUAUCUGCGAUUCUGGAUCGACUCAUGGUACCUAUUUGAAUGACGCUAAGCUUAUCACCGGCGAUGAUACCCCGUUGAGCAGCGGAGAUAUCAUACAAUUCGGCAUAGAUGUUGACCGCGGUCGUGGUGCGUCAUCAUAUCCCUAUGGAUAUCGCGUUACUAGAUGUCAUGAUAAGCUAAUAUUACCCAUAGAAGAGUUCCCGGCUCUGAGAGUUUGUUGCGAAGUCACCUGGUCUGAAUCCAAUUCUCUCGAGAGCUACCCUUGCGAACCAUCGGACCUGUUAGACUGCCAUGUUGUCGAACCGGUAGCAAGCACCUUUGGAUCGAAGUCAGCAUCUGAGCUUCGUCAUAGCUGUUCUACCAACACAUUCUGUGUUCCGGACGAUGACGAUAGUGAUGUUGAGGAGAUUCCGGCCAACCAGACCCCCAACCUCAAGAUCAUUGGACGAGACGGAGCCGUUCUUUAUGAUGAAAGCAACUACGAGAAUCACCAAGAGUCGCAGCAGCAAGAUUUGCCUCUGCCUUCCGAUCCCCAUAAUUCUGACUGGGAGGUGUUCCCUAUCGAGGGUUCACACGAGGAAUACUCAGACUCGAGCAAUGGAGAGGACUCAGAACUUGACUCUGACCCUUCCUCGUUCAAUCAGGUCGGCGAUAGUGCUGAGAGAGUGGCACGAACUCUCGAUGUAGUUCAGCCCAUUUCAGCCCUUGAGAGCAAGCUUUCAGGGUCGGAAUCUGACUCUGAGCUUGAAUCCGAUGCCGAUUAUGAUGAUGAGUAUUCCGUCGGCGAAGAGGAGGAAUGUAUUGACCCGAGCAUCUUAAUUCAGCAGGACAACACUGCAAAUAUACCUUUCAACGAAGCUAUCCAUACCUUGUCAAAUGGUGGUCUUGCGCCCAGGCCAUAUUUCAAGGUUGAAAUGCCGAAGCAAAUUCCAGAGCCCACGCCGAAUCAACACAUCGUUUUUCAAAGUCGCUUCCCGGAGGUUCCCAUUACUCCUCUAUUGAACCACAAAUGCGAAGAAGACGAUGGGAAUAGGCGUCUUGGUCGUUUGAGCAUUCAUGAUGUGUUGAAUAACUACCACGAUGGACCCUUUGCCUGCCCCAGUGAACCCACUAAGGAUGCUGCUUCGGACGAGGUAUCAGCGGUCGGAGCGUCCGGCUCAGCUUCCUUGAAGCGGAAAGCUUCUGAAAUGGAGUCACAGGAUGCUCAGCAGGAUGCUCAAAUUCUAGAGUCGGCUACGCCACCCUCUAAUGAAAAGCUGGAUCUCGAGACAAUCUCCAGUUCCCAGGUGGCCGAGGCCAUUAGUUCUGCCUUGUCUGAGAGCUCUGAAGGUGAACGCCCAAUGAAGCGAGUCAAGGAUACUCACACUCCGUCCAGCAAGGUCGCAAGCUACACCGCCACUGCCGUGGUCAGUGCCCUGCUCGGUGGUUUGGGCACCAUUGCUCUUCUGGCUGCCCUCCCGGCAGAAUACUUCCAGUAA